AUAAGUAAGUAAAAUUGGUGGGCUGCAGUCAUAUACUCUUUACCCUAGAGGCAAAUACUUAGCUGGGUUUAUAGAUAUCAGUUUUAAUUAAAACAGAAGCUGCUAUAUCAUUUCUUUUGAAUCAAGAAAAUUAUUUUACUUGUAAUGUGGAGAGUUAGACAUUUUGGCUCAACUGUUUCUCUGUAGGUGCCAAAAUGGCGUCUGUUUCUGUGCUCGGACGUAAACAGCGCCAGUUUCCUCUUCGGGAAGGAAGAUCUGGGCAACUGUGAAAAUCACACUGAAGAUAUGGGAACGGAGAGUCGCGGCCCUAAUUAAAUUCUUUUUUUAUUUUAUUUUUAUUUUAUUUUUAAUUAUAGAUCUUCGCCAUUUUUUGAGGGUUAUCUUGGGUUUGUAAAAGAUCCAGCGGCCCGGGCCUCAGUCCGCGGUCUUGAGUUGAUCAGCUAUCCGACAUCAUAGCGAUUGAGUCGGUGUGAAGAGCGCAGCCUCGUCGCGCAGUAUGGGCGAUAGCAGAGAUUCCCGCAGUCCAGACAGCUCGUCCGUGUCCUCACCACUUUCAGGCCAGCGUUCGCCCCCACUGGCCCCAUCCGCCGCUGCCUUGACCUCCCUGCCACCCAUGACAUCAGCGGUGAACAGUCCCAUCAGCAGCAUAGGCUCGCCCUUCUCCGUCAUCAGCUCCUCUCUGGGAUCUCCCUGCCUCCCCGGAACUCCCUCUGUGGGCUACGGACCCAUCAGCAGCCCACAGAUGAGCAUGUUUCCCAGAAACGCAGAGAUCAACUCAACCGUGUCCAUGUCGGGCCUGCACGCCGUCAGUAGCUCUGAUGACGUGAAGCCACCAUUUGGUUUGAAGCCACUGUCCGCCCACAGUCCUGGACCCAUGGUUUCACAGAAACGUUUAUGUGCUAUCUGUGGGGAUCGCUCCUCUGGUAAGCACUAUGGUGUGUACAGCUGUGAGGGCUGCAAGGGCUUUUUCAAGCGCACUGUGAGGAAGGACCUGAGUUACACAUGCAGAGACAACAAGGACUGUCUGGUGGACAAACGGCAGAGGAACCGCUGCCAGUACUGCCGCUACCAGAAGUGCCUGGCCAUGGGGAUGAAGAGAGAGGUGGUCCAAGAUGAACGACAACGAUCCGUUCAGGAGGAGCGUCAGAGGAACAAGGAGCGGGAUGGAGAGGUGGAGUCCACCAGUGCUGUGAACGAAGAGAUGCCAGUGGAGAAGAUUCUGGAAGCAGAGAUGGCCGUGGAGCAGAAGACCGAGCUACAUGCAGAUGGCAGCUCAGGGGGAAGCUCUCCGAAUGACCCGGUCACUAAUAUCUGCCAGGCUGCUGAUAAACAGCUGUUUACUUUGGUGGAAUGGGCAAAAAGGAUCCCUCAUUUCAGUGAGCUGUCCCUGGAUGACCAGGUCAUCCUACUGCGUGCCGGCUGGAAUGAGCUGCUGAUCGCCUCAUUCUCUCAUCGCUCCAUCACAGUGAAGGACGGCAUUCUGCUGGCCACUGGCCUCCAUGUGCACAGGAACAGUGCUCACAGUGCUGGGGUGGGAGCCAUCUUCGACAGGGAGAGUGCGCACAAUGCAGAGGUUGGGGCCAUAUUCGACAGGGUUCUGACGGAGCUGGUGAGCAAGAUGAGGGACAUGCAGAUGGAUAAAACAGAGUUGGGCUGCCUGAGAACCAUCAUCCUUUUCAAUCCAGAUGCAAAGGGAUUGUCGAGCCCCAGUGAAGUGGAGUUGCUGAGAGAGAAGGUUUAUGCAUCGCUGGAGGCAUAUUGUAAACAGCGAUACCCAGACCAGCAGGGCAGGUUUGCCAAGCUCCUCCUCAGGCUCCCAGCGCUGCGCUCUAUUGGUUUGAAGUGCCUAGAGCACCUGUUCUUCUUCAAGCUGAUUGGCGACACCCCAAUUGAUACUUUCUUAAUGGAGAUGCUUGAAGCGCCUCAUCAGAUCACCUAAUCUGGACCAGUCUUAAUCCAGUUCAAUCCGGUUUGCACCAGGGUAUCACAGUCCCCCUGGGGCUCUGGGGCUUUACUGUGUCUCGUAUCCCAUUAACACCUUCCCACAAUUCUCUUCUUCCCUCCCCCCGCUCACCCUCGCUGCACCUUUCAAACAGUACAGCCUCAAUAAAGACUUAAAAACUGUCCGGGAAAAAAAAAAAAAAAAAAGAUUUUUUUUUUUUUCCCCCCCAUGUGACGUUUUACACAGUGUGAGGUGUUCAAAGAGAUUAUUUUUAAAAUUCCCUGCAGGUUCUAAAAUGUAUCAUAAGCUUCAAAGACUUCCAGUUUUAGAACUCUCAUAUUGAUUCUAGAGAUCUUUGUGUGUCAUUUUUGGUUUGUAUGUUACUCUGAAUGCACGAACUGUAUAUAUACGUUUGUUAAUGCAGUUAGACAGCCUGCCGGCUGAACACAGUGCAUGUGUGACCGGGGUGAGAAUUUCAUCCAGCGUGCCCAUUGGCUGGUACGAAUCAAGUUAUGCCAAACCCAUCCCCUUUGUAGUCCCAUAAUGUAAUGUGACUGUGGAAGACUGCUAACUUGCUAUCUUUGGGCUUAAACCUUGAAUUCAUAAUUUGUACUGUACUCAUGAAAUGAGUCCAUUUUCUAAAUGGCAAUGCAUCUGGCCAAAAUGAAAUGCAGGCCGGGGUUUUACAUUUGUGAAUAUAAAUGUAUGCAGGUUUUCAAUUGUUGGACAUGAAUUUUUGAUCAUGUUCCAAAAGAGGGCCUAAAGGCACAGAUAGAAUCUUGCAGGAAAAUCCUGCUUUUUUUUUUUGCGGCAAUAGGAAGGUUGAACUCUUUUUUUUGUGUUUAUUCAUCAUUUUUGUUUUGUUCUUUUGAUGGGGAAUUGCAUUGGUAGAGGUUGUGGCACCUUCUAGAGGACAUUUUACCUUUGAUAUUUCAUAAUUCUCCAUGUCCUGAUGAUCAAUUUCUUAACAAUUUUCUUUCACAACUUUAAUUCCUGAAAUGGGAACUACCAGCACACCCCUCAAAAAAAGACUAAUAUUUAUAAAGUUUUUGUGUGUGUGCUGUGAUGUAUGAAUAUGUCCAACCACUCUUGUCCUUUCCCACUUGAUCGGUGUAGCAGGCCUUUUUGUUGUGUGUUCAUUCACCUAAAUCUGUUCGUCAUCAGGCUCGUUUGGAAUGAACUGAUACUAAUGUUGGCAUAGAAAAAAAACAAAAGUGUUUCUGGUUUGCGUAAUGUGUUGGGAUGGCCCUGCGUUGGCCGUUGAGGUGUAGUACUUUAUAAAAGGACCUUCUACAUUCCAUCUGUACAGGUUGCAGUGCAUCCUCAAAGUAGCUAACUGAACCCCUGAAUCAUGCAACUUAAGCCGGCAUCACACUAGCAGACUCAAAACAACUACAUUUUGGCUGAGGGUGUCACACUUGCCCACUGUUUUGCUGAGAUCUCGCUCUCUUCAGUCGGAGGUAUGACACACUUGCCGAUAAAGAAUGCUGGAGUGGUGACAGACAUACCAACUCACUACAACUCUCUCUCUCUCUCUGAUUCCCUGUCACGUGGAGCUAAAGUACCACAUGAGCAUAAACAAUUGGUAAAGAGUGAUUUAUUAUGUAAUUCAUGGAUUAACUUUACCUUGUGAAAGUGUGUGAUUGUGUAUUUAUUCCCUCAUGGCUUGCCGUAGAACGUGUAUGUCCAUAUGCAUCUUUCAGCGAGUAAAGAAAUUACGUUCAAUAAAAACAAACGCUUGUGCCUCCGCGUUCUGAAUUCAUUAGUCAUUUUAGUGUGGAAAAACGCUUGGUGACGGAAUCACUUUGGAUUACAAUCAGCAGUUGUGCAGACAUGCAGCCGAGUGCACUGAAAACGUUCAGAUCUGCUUGACGUCUUGUCAGUUCUUCAGUAAAAGAAGCCCAUUGAUCACUUGAAGUGAACAUAAGAGCCCGCUGCAGCGACAACAAUUUUUUCUGUCAUGUUGGAUCCUUUUAUCCUUUUGCUGGAACCUUAAACUCAGCAGGGAGUCCCGACAGUCAAGUGAUUAACGACCUCCCGCUGGCAGGCGCAAAUGCACGCUUCGUCUUUCUCCGUCUGGCGAUUAUGCUAAUGAAGCUCAUACCUGAAUAUCACUGGAAAAAUCGGCUAGCAUGAUGCUGGUUUAACCAGAGUGCAAACUCAAAUGCAUUUGUCUUAUUUAGAAGGGACUGAUGCCACUAAGGUCAUUAUGUUUGCAUUACACCAUCAGUCUGAAAGGCAGAAGAGUGAUUCUCAUGAAACAUCAAGAAAAUGUCCUUGUCCUGUUAUACUUCAAAAUCAAAACAAAUAAGAAAUUAUAUUUUGCAUAUAGAAAACAAAGCCUUGGACCAAUGGUUUUAGGACCAUUUAAGAUUUUUUGUAUGUUGUGACAUUUUCAUGACCACUGCACACAUUUUACCCUCCCAAUUCUCAUUACCGCAAUGUGAAAAAAAAAAAGGUGGUCAUUAUGAUAUUCUCAUUACUGCAAUGUAAAAAAUAAAAGAUAUUUAAUAUUCCCUUGGUAUUGCCUUUCAUUUUAAUUUAAAAACUCCUAGUACUACAGCAUCUUUUUUAUUGUAAAACAUUGAAAAACAUGAGUGUGUAACGGUAAUGAGAAUAAUGAAACAAUGAGAAUAGUAAAAGUAAAACAUCCAGAUGCUUUAAUGAGUAAUGAGAAUUGUGGGGUUUAAGUGUCCUUAAAAAGAUGUAACAGUGCAAAAGAUCUUAAUCAUCCACAAUGUAGGUAAUGAUGACUUUCAUUACCAUUACACAGUCAUGUUUUGACUGUAUCGCUGUUAAAAAGAUGCAGAUUUCUUGUUACAAAACAUAUCUUUUUUUAUUUUUUUAUUGACUUUGGGUUAAAUAUGACAUGGGCCAUUUUCAUUACAGGUUUCAUGAGAAUCAUACAGAUGUGUCCAAAAACCAGCAUUGAUUACAAUCUCUAUGCAUUUAUGAGGAAAGAGACUGGUGUAGAAUAGAAUUCUGGCCAUUAAACAAGAAAUUCAGUUCAGCAAAUGCAUCAGUGUUGCUGUUGUGUGCUCUUGUGAUAUAUACCUGUUGGCUUUAAGGUGCUCAUAUCAUAACCAAUCUAUCCAAGUACAUGUGGGUAGUGACUUAAGAUGAAAUACUGACAAUAUUUGAACAUUUUAUACAAUGAAAUAGCUAGAGAUUGCAAGUGGUCCCACCUGUUUUGGUGCUAACGACAACGGUUAGACAAAUGUCAACUACAGUAUGAACAUACACACCAGUGCAUGGCAUACACUCAACCACUGGUCAAAAUAUGCAAUGACACUAUACUCAAAACUUGAUUUUGAUAUAUACCCCCAUUUCUAGUUUAAUACGCCAUCUACUGCGUAAUGGAUUAAAAGUAGUUUCAAAGUACUUGCAGAUUACUAUUUGAACUGUUUUACAAAAAUGGUCUUAUGCAUUAGUAAGGUGCUUUAACCUUCCUGUUGUGAGUUAAAUCAUAUGCAGAACACUUGUCAGAUGAGUACAUUCGCCACAUAGUUUUUAGCUUGCAAAUGAAUUUGAAAAUCAGAUGAUAUCAAUAUAUGUUUGCUAUUAAUAUGUUGUGACUGAUUCCAGACUUCCAAUUAAAGCUUCGAACUAUUGUUGCCCCCUUCCAUCUCUUCCUUGCGUUUUGUUUUUGUUAGGACCAGUGGUAGUAAGGAUCCUGUCUUGUGGCCGUUUCUGUGUAUUCCACACUCAACCUCUGGUUCUGUAUCGUUAGCAUCCCAGGAGUUAUGGUUUCUCAAGAGAUUUGUUUUCCAUUUGCAUGUUAAAUCUACACAGGUUUCAUUAAUCCAGAAUUUGAAGCAAAUUCAUUCGGUGCUGAUUGUCUGCUCUGUAUCUGAAUAGUGGAAAGGCACAUUUGAUCACAUGCACUGUAUGCUUGUGUUUUCUUCUGGGCCACUUGAGCCACACCAGGGUGGUCAGUCAAUCUAUGUGAGUUUUGUGUGUGUGUGUGUGUGUGUGUGUGUGUGUGU